AUGUUAAGAGCAAUCAGUCGUUCAACUCAACGAUCAUUGCUUAAGCGGUCUCUCUUAGAGACUGCUUCCGCCAAAAGAGCAGCGAUAAGCUGCAGAUGGUUCGCUACAAACAGCAGCGACAAUUUCCUAUCGACCACGAACGCUACCUAUAUCGAUGAGAUGUACCAGGCGUGGCAAAAAGAUCCAAAAUCUGUACAUGUGUCGUGGGACGCAUAUUUCAAAAACAUGGGUAAUCCAAACAUUCCUGCGACGUCUGCAUUCGUGGCUCCACCAAACCUGGUGCCCGGGUUCACGGGACCACAAGGCGUGUCUAUUGGAACCGGACUUGCGUCUGGAGCGCUCGACCAGGGAAUUUUGACUCACUUGAAAGUGCAACUGCUGUGUAGAGCAUACCAGGUACGUGGGCACCAGAAGGCCCACAUCGAUCCCCUACAGAUUUCGUUCGGUGAUGAUAAGUCAAAGCCAAUUCCCCGUGAAUUGACCUUAGAGCAUUAUGGAUUCACUGAGCGUGACCUUGACCAAGAGAUCACACUGGGCCCAGGUAUUUUGCCUAGGUUUGCCCGUGAUGGCAGGAAGACCAUGACGCUACGAGAAAUAAUUGCCGCAAUGGAGAAGCUAUAUUGCUCUUCUUACGGUAUCGAAUAUAUCCACAUUCCAUCCAGAAAUCAAUGUGACUGGCUGAGAGAAAGAAUCGAAAUCCCACAGCCUUACAACUACACCAUUGAUCAAAAAAGACAAAUUCUAGAUAGAUUGACAUGGGCGACGUCUUUCGAGUCGUUCUUGUCUACCAAAUUCCCUAACGAUAAAAGAUUCGGUUUGGAAGGUUUGGAAGGUGUCGUUCCCGGUAUCAAGACCUUAAUCGACAGAUCGGUGGAAUUAGGCGUCGAAGACGUGGUGCUUGGUAUGGCUCACCGUGGUAGACUAAAUGUUCUAUCUAACGUGGUGCGUAAGCCAAACGAAUCAAUUUUCUCCGAGUUCCAGGGAUCGAACGCCCCAGAGGAGUACGAAGGCUCUGGUGAUGUCAAGUACCAUUUGGGUAUGAAUUAUCAAAGACCAACCACAUCCGGAAAAUACGUGAACUUGUCUUUGGUUGCUAACCCAUCACAUUUGGAGGCCCAAGAUCCUGUCGUCUUGGGUAGAACAAGGGCCAUCAUGUUUUCUAAGAACGACCUGCAGAAAGCUAAGAAAGCUAUGGGUGUUCUUCUUCACGGUGAUGCCGCAUUUGCCGCUCAAGGUGUAGUGUAUGAAACUAUGGGUUUCGCUCACUUACCUGACUACUCGACUGGUGGUACUAUUCAUGUAAUCACAAACAACCAAAUUGGUUUUACCACGGAUCCAAGAGUGGCAAGAUCUACCCCAUACCCUUCAGAUAUUGCUAAAGCAAUCGAUGCCCCUAUUUUUCAUGUCAACGCCAAUGACGUCGAAGCUUUGACAUUCAUCUUCAAUUUGGCCGCUGAAUGGAGAGCAACUUUCCAUACUGAUGCCAUUAUUGAUGUCGUCGGAUGGAGAAAGCACGGUCACAACGAAACAGACCAACCUUCAUUUACUCAGCCUCUAAUGUACCAAAAGAUUGCUAAACAAAAGUCAGUCAUCGACGUUUACACCGAAAAGUUGAUCUCUGAAGGUUCUUUCACUAAGCAAGACAUUGACGAACACAAGAAAUGGGUUUGGAAUCUAUUCGAGGAGGCUUUCGAAAAGGCGAAGGACUACAAGCCAACUUCUAGAGAGUGGUUAACCGCCGCAUGGGAGGGCUUCAAGUCUCCAAAAGAAUUGGCGACAGAAAUUCUACCUCACGAACCUACUAAUGUUGACGAGAAGAUAUUGAAGGACCUAGGUAAGACGAUUUCAUCGUGGCCUGCGGACUUUGAAGUGCACAAGAACUUGAAGAGAAUCCUAACAAACAGAGGUAAAUCAAUUGAUAAGGGUGAAGGUAUCGACUGGUCAACAGGUGAAGCCCUUGCAUUCGGUUCUUUAGCUCUAGAGGGCUACCAUGUCAGAGUUUCCGGUGAGGAUGUUGAGAGAGGUACAUUUUCUCAACGUCACGCUGUCUUGCAUGACCAAAAAUCUGAAAGGACUUACACUCCACUUCAACACGUAGGCGAAAAACAAGCCAACUUCACUAUUUGCAACUCUUCGCUAUCGGAGUACGGUUGUAUGGGUUUUGAAUAUGGUUACUCUUUGACUUCGCCUGAUUACUUGGUAAUGUGGGAGGCGCAGUUCGGUGAUUUUGCGAACACUGCCCAAGUCAUUAUUGAUCAAUUCAUCGCCGGUGGUGAGGCUAAAUGGAAGCAACGUUCCGGUCUAGUUUUGUCUUUACCUCAUGGUUAUGAUGGUCAAGGUCCAGAGCAUUCUUCCGGUAGAAUCGAGAGAUUCUUACAACUUGCUAACGAAGACCCCAGAUACUUCCCAUCAGAGGAGAAGCUAAAUAGACAACACCAAGACUGUAACUUCCAGGUCGUUUAUCCAACUACCCCUGCAAAUUUGUUCCAUAUUUUGAGAAGACAGCAGCACCGUCAAUUCCGUAAGCCAUUGGCCUUGUUCUUCUCCAAACAAUUACUACGUCAUCCUUUGGCAAGAUCUAACCUGGAAGAAUUCACCAAUGGUUCCUUCCAAUGGAUUAUUGAGGAUGUUGAACACGGCAAGGCGAUUGCUCCAAAAGAGGAGACCAAGAGACUUGUUUUGUUGAGCGGCCAAGUAUACACCGCUUUGCACAAAAAGCGUGAAACUCUCGGUGACAAAACAACUGCUUUCCUCAAGAUCGAACAACUGCAUCCAUUCCCAUUUGCCCAGGUUCGCGAUGCUCUCAACUCCUAUCCAAACUUGGAAGACAUCGUGUUCUGUCAAGAAGAACCUUUGAACAUGGGUCCUUAUGCCUACGCAGCUCCAAGAUUGAAUACAACCUUGAAAGAAACUGAGAAAUACAAGGAUCACACUGUAAGGUUCGCGGGCAGAAACCCAAGCGGUGCUGUCGCUGCUGGUAGCAAAGCUCUACACAAUGCUGAAGAAGAGGCCUUUUUAAAGGUAGUUUUCGGUCAGUAA